AUGGCUCCCCCGCGCCAGCGCACCACGGCCAUAGUCGAUGACUCGAGGUCCGAAGCCUCCAGCGGCACAAGAGAAUACAAGAAUCCCCCCAAGAGCCGGCGCCCAGUAGCAGCCAAAGACAAGACGUCUGUGACUAGCGCGCCGGUCGACCAAAUCGUGGAUGAUCAACCCAGGCUCCCCUGGUCCGACCUCCCCCUCGAAAUCCUCCACUCAUACCGCCACGUCCACAAACUCCCAACCCCCAGCGCCUUCGCAAGCGAUUACUCGCGCACCAUCCUGUCACAGGGUAUCGGUCUCCGCUCUCCGACUUCCCUCGCCGCCCGCCGUGCUCAAUCCUCCUCUUCCCACCCUCACAAUAACACCCAUUUCCAUGCCCACAAUCACAGUGGCCACCGCGGCCGCAAUGGCGAGUCUGGAGACUCGCUGCGUCGCAUUGUUGGUCAGGACCGGGUGAGCAAGGAUCAAUUUGCGCUUGUUGUUCGUCGACACUUUAACAGCGCUGGGUUGUCCGAGCAGGAGACUAUUGCGCGGUUUUUGUAUACUGUCCGCGAGGAACGGAGGGGGAGGCAGUUUCGAUUGCGGUUUCAGCCGUAG